UCCACCGCGUUGUGCCAGAUAAUACCGUAACGAUGCGGUCGCCAGUGAUGCGGGCCGGACAGGCUGCAAAUUGCAGGUCAUUGCUGCACGCCUCCCUCCGAACCUCCCCCGUACCUCUGCGAAGAUGUCUCGCAACCACACACAACGUCCCACCGUCCCAAAAAUUCGACAUCGUGUCUCGCACCCCCCCGUACCAGAAGCUGCUUGGACGUCUCGAGGAAGUUCGCCGCGUGCUCGGCUCUACAAGGCAAUUGACGCUCGCCGAGAAGAUUUUGUACUCGCAUCUUGCCAAUCCUGAAGAGUCGCUACUCUCCAACACCAACAAUGGCAAGGAUAUUAGGGGAAAGGCCAAUCUCAAGCUCAAGCCUGAUCGUGUGGCCAUGCAGGAUGCUUCGGCGCAAAUGGCACUAUUACAGUUCAUGUCCUGUGGUCUUCCGAGCACGGCAGUUCCCGCCAGUAUUCACUGCGAUCACAUGAUUGUUGGCGAGAAGGGCGCGGAUACCGACCUACCCAACUCGAUUGCCGGAAACAAGGAGGUCUUUGAUUUCUUGGAGAGUGCGGCGAAGAAGUAUGGAAUUGAGUUCUGGCCGCCAGGUGCGGGUAUCAUCCAUCAGUCGGUGCUGGAGAACUAUUCGGCCCCUGGUCUGAUGAUGCUAGGAACGGACAGCCACACACCGAACGCGGGUGGUCUUGGAGCUAUUGCGAUUGGUGUCGGUGGUGCCGAUGCGGUCGACGCUCUCGUGGAUGCGCCGUGGGAGCUGAAGGCGCCCAAGGUGUUGGGUGUCAGGCUCGAAGGUGAAUUGAGCGGAUGGGCUUCGCCAAAGGAUGUGAUCUUGAAAUUGGCGGGCGAGCUCACAGUCAGGGGCGGAACUGGUUUUAUCAUCGAGUAUUUUGGCCCUGGCGUUCAGACGCUCAGCUCUACUGGGAUGUCUACGAUCUGUAACAUGGGCGCUGAAGUUGGCGCGACGACAUCGCUAUUCCCCUUCUCUCCUGCUCACGUACCGUAUCUGGAAGCGACACACAGAGGUAGUAUUGCCCAAGAAGCCUUGAAGAUUGCGAACUCGCCCAUGCAAAGAAAUCUCCUGCGCGCCGACCCUGAAGCCGAAUACGACAAGGUCAUCACUAUCAACCUCUCUACCUUAGAGCCCCACAUCAACGGACCUUUUACGCCGGAUCUUUCUACGCCUCUGUCCAAAUUCAAGUCAGUUGUUGAAGAGAAGGACUGGCCUAGGACUUUCGGUGCUGGCCUCAUUGGCAGUUGCACAAACAGCUCCUACCAGGACAUGACACGUUCCGAGGAAAUCGUUAAACAAGCCGAAGCUGCUGGUCUCAAGCCUAAGGCAGAGUUCUUCAUCACCCCCGGUAGUGAGCAAAUUAGGGCUACUCUGGAUCGCGACAACACUCUCUCCACCUUUACAUCUGCUGGUGGCAUCGUUCUUGCAAACGCAUGUGGUCCUUGCAUUGGCCAAUGGAAGCGCAAUGAUGGCCCAGCUAAGGGUGAAGCCAAUGCCAUCUUUACCUCCUACAAUCGGAACUUCCCUGGUCGCAAUGACGGCAAUCGGGGCACUAUGAACUUCCUCGCCUCUCCCGAACUCAUCACGGCGAUGUCUUACUCUGGAUCCACGACCUUCAACCCUAUGACCGACAGUAUCCCUACCCCAUCAGGCGAGGCCUUCAAGUUCUCACCGCCAAGGGGCUCUGAUCUUCCAUCUGCGGGUUUCGCGGAUGGUAACCCUGAAUUCUUCGCCACGCCGGGAAUUCCUGACCCCAGUGUCGAGGUUGUUGUAGACCCCAACUCCACACGCUUGGAGCUUCUCGAUCCCUUCCCAGCUUUUCCCAACUCUGAGCUCAAAUCUCUCCGUGUCCUCUACAAAGUCAAGGGACAGUGCACGACGGACACCAUCUCUGCCGCAGGCCCGUGGCUCAAGUAUAAGGGCCACCUUACGAAUAUCUCAGAGAACACACUCAUCGGCGCAGUCAACGCAGAGACGGACGAAGUCAAUGUCGCAUACGAUGUGGACGGCAGGAAGUCUGGCAUCCCUGACCUUGCGAAGAGGUGGAAGGAGAACGGCCAGGAAUGGCUGGUCGUCGCGGAGCACAACUACGGUGAAGGUUCUGCACGUGAGCAUGCGGCGCUACAGCCCCGAUUCCUUGGUGGUCGCAUUAUCCUGUCCAAGUCGUUCGCGCGUAUUCACGAGACCAACCUGAAGAAGCAGGGUGUCGUUCCUCUGACGUUCGCGAACGAGGCGGACUACGACCUCCUCGAUUCGUGUGACGAGGUUGCGACGAGGGGAUUGUUGGAUGUGCUGAAGAGUGGAGGCAAGGGCGAGGUCGAGCUGGUCGUCAAGAAGAAGGAUGGAAGCGAGAAGGUCAUCAAGACCAAGCACACACUGAGCGAGGAUCAAUGCGGAUUCGUAUUGGCAGGAAGCGCAUUGAAUCUGUUGGCGAGGAGUGCUGCUGAAGCAAGAGAAGAGGUCACACGGCAGAGCGAAUUGUCAGAUUAGAUUCUAAAGAGGGGAUGUGCAGACUGAAGCUGGCAUUACGGCGUUGUAUAAUUGGG